UGGAUUUAACUUGAGACAGUGUACACAGAUUACCACACCAGUGACCUACUUUCAGCUGGGAUCAAGAUGAACCACAUCCUCUUCUAUCGUUCGAUCCUGUUCUCCAUCUUCAUUACAUUUACAUCAUGUCAGACUUUCCCUAUAGUCAACACUCCAUCCGGUCCCAUCAAGGGUGUUGUCGUCCCUGCUCAAGGUACGGAUAUUGUGCAGUUUCGUAAUAUUCCGUUCGCUAAACCUCCAGUUGGCAACCUAAGAUUUGAGAAACCUGUUCCAGUAGACCCCUGGUCGGACAUCCUUGAUGGAACUGUGUUUGGACCUUCUUGUAUGCAAGAUAAAUCCCUAUUUGCAGAACUAUGGGAAAAAGCAGAAAAUGCAGAAGUGAACGAGGAUUGCUUGCAGCUGAAUAUCUAUGUUCCAGGUGAGGUGACAACUACAGUGAAAAAACCGGUAAUGGUUUGGAUUUAUGGUGGUGCUUUUAUGAUGGGAAGUACAUUUACAUAUGACGGGUCGUUCCUGGCUAUGAAGGACGUUGUAGUAGUAACCAUCAACUAUCGCAUCGGAAUAUUUGGGUUCUUAAGCACUGAGGACUCCGCUAUGCCUGGUAACUAUGGACUUUGGGAUAUGAUCGAAGCCCUAAAGUGGAUAAAUAAGAACAUAGCAUCAUUUGGGGGUGAUCCUGAAUCGGUAACCAUUUUUGGCGAAUCGGCCGGUGGUUUCGCAGCAUCGUACCUGUCUGUGAUUCCAAGCACUGCAGGCCUUUUUCAACGUUUCAUAGUUCAGAGUGGGUCUGCUGUAGGAUUUAUGGGCAUUGCACCAAAUCCUGUCAGAGCUGCGAAAGCUACAGGGAAAUUUGUUGGAUGUCUACCAGACACAGAUGGAGAUGUCAACACCAAUGAUCUUGCAGACUGUCUCAAGCUCAAAUCGGCUGAAGAAUUAAUGAAUGCUCAAAGGGACCCAGGCACGCAAUUUUUCGGUUAUUUCUCUGUAUCACCCUUACUUUGGCCAACCAUUGAUGGGGAGCUUCUUCCAAGAUCCCCCUUAGAAAGUUUGAAUGACCCAACCUCAAAGGAAUCAGUUUACUUCAGAUCAUUGGAUAUGAUCGCUGGUACAACUAGCAACGAAGCCUCGGUAAUUGCAAUGUUUUUAGGAUGGCUUCAAAAACCGAUGAAUUUUAGCAUGACUGAAGGUAUGCCAACGGCUGUGUUGUGUGACGUUUUUGCACCAACAUUAGCAAGGGAAAUGUUUAGCAAUAAUUCCAUAGUUUCAGAUUUACUUUGUAAAGAAUAUUCUUCUGAUGAUAUGGCAGAACAAGCAAGAAGCAUUUCAAUUUUGCACGCGGACACAUGGUUUGUUUCUCCCACAGUUCAACUUCUAGGUUUUCAUGCUAACGGCAAAGCUUCACCUAGAACCUACCAAUACUUAUAUAAUCAGCCAAUCAAUUUCCAUUACAUGGCACCACAUUUUCCGUGGAUGAAAGGGGCAGGGCAUGCGACCGAGCUGCUUUACCAGUUCGGACCGUCAGGUCUGAACGAACUGGAUGAAUCGUUAUCUACUGUUGAAGGCAGAGCUUUUUCGGACGUCCUUGCUCGAUAUUGGACUAACUUCGCAAAAACAGGGGACCCUAAUGGAGAUGGUUUGGUCCCGUGGAAACCAUUCAGUUCCGAAGGUCGGGACUAUAUGGAGUUAAAAUAUGAACCAGUGCCAGGUCGGAACUUGUACGAGAAGAGGAUGAAGUUUCUUUUGGAGGAAAUACCGAACAAAAUCAAGAAUAAUGUCAAAACUGAACUGUAGCCAUUCAUUGUCCUUCUUCGUUGCCGUUCUCGUGGAACUAGAUGGCUCAAGGCUUCAGUACUGAUACUAGUACGGCUUUAAGGAAAUCAAAUGAAAUUUUGAGGUGUUAUCAACCGUUAUCAUUUGACAGGGCUCCAUGUAAAUCUUCAAUAAUACGUCUUUAUUUCUGUUGAGGUUAAUUGGAUAUUUGAUCAGUUGUUUGAAAACGUUAAGAAGAUUGGAUAUUUUGACCUACUACUCAGCAUUAGAUCUGGAUUUUUGUGAUAUGCAUAGUUAGAAGUUUUCAAGUACUAUUUUUUACGAAAGCGACGUGCCAGGUUUAAGUGGUGGAAGAAAGCCGUAGUUACCGGAGAAAAAACCCAGACCUGUGGCACAUGAUGUACAUGGACGACUUCACCACUCGACCAUCGCAGCCCCUUGACAAGGGGUAGGUUGCUGUUCAGAUCAGAACUCUGAAACCGUUCAAGAAAACUAUUGUUAUCAAGCUAGCAUUAUAGUAGUGUCUUUCAAUAUGGAGAACUUCUCAUUUUAAAUACUUUUUUCUUGUACAUGAUAGGUAAA